ACGAUGCACACGUUUGUCAAGCAUUAGUCUUGAAAUGUGCAUAUGUAAUUCUGUUAUUUGUGUCCAGCGUAAUUUUGCGAAGGAAAUUGAUCAAUCGAUCUAAAAAUGUUGGAAAAGUGAUCCACCCUUAUACAAGAGGUUGAAAUGCGCAAAAGAACUUGAAAGGUAACCAAGUAGUUCCAGCUUCGUUUGUAGUUCAUUUGACCAACGAAAAUAAAUGAAUUGUGACAGUUGCGUUUAAAUGAAAUUCUCAAGGUUUGCGUGUUAAAAACAAUGCCUAACGGGGUUCUGGUGCCUACAAGGAACUCAACUGCUGCCUCCACCAAAAUCACUUUAACCGGAAAGCAUCUCAUCGGCCGUGCCCUCCACAACACCACCGUAAUCGAGGACGUGAGCAUCUCACGCUCGCAUUGCUACUUCGAGGAGAAGGAUGGAAGCUGGUAUCUCACCGACACGAGCUCCAACGGGACGACGAUUAACGGUGACCUGAUCCAAAACGCCACGCGAAAGCUAAACGAUCACGACAUCGUAGGCCUUAGCACUCAGAUCGCUUACGAAUAUCUGAUCUGCGCGGAGCCGACACCCGAACAAAUAACCGACGAGGUGCUAAACGAAAUCGCCGACACGGUCUUGGAGGCGACUCGCAACUCUCAAAGCGGAUCUCUGCCCAAAUCCCAACCGCAAACCGCCGCGGCAAACGACGAUGACGAGGAGGACAGCGUUGACGAUGAAUUUCAGUGCAGCAUCUGCACCGAGCUCUUCAUUAAGGCGGUCACCUUAUCAUGCUCGCACACGUUCUGCAAGAAGUGCAUCGACGAGUGGAGAAAAAACCAGACCAUUUGUCCCAUUUGCCGUGCCCAAAUUCAAAACCAAUUCCCGACCAUCGUCCUCGAUAACUACAUCGAGAAAAUCGUGGAGAAACGAAGCGAGGAGUAUAAGAAUCACCGCAAGAUGGUCAUCGCGGAACGGGAGCCGCAGCCGAGCGCAGUACCGGGACCGUCCACUUCGAAUCCGAGCAAGCGGCGGCGAACCGUACCCGACCCUAUAGAAAUUAGUUCGAGCUCUGGUAGCGAAGACGAGGACGAAGAUGAGGAGACUGAUGGUGAAUCUCAAUAUGAUGUGUACAUGUUUGAGUACUUUGAUCACUAUUAUAAUGGCAUACCUGGUCACUACUAUGGGGGGUACGGGUCGUGCUAUAAGUGCGGACAGAGGGGUCAUUGGGCCAACGGGUGCCCGUUCAGGAGGAGAUUGUAGUAUUGUUGUAUAUGUUGUAAUAUAAAUUAUCUAUUUUUGUACGAAUAAAUCUUGUAGCAUAAAUUAAAA